AUGAAAGAUCUCGUUUUCAUGCCAUCAGGAGAAAGCAGCGUGCAAUCCGGCAUUUCUUGCGGCUUCAGGCACCUUCGGCGAAACAACGCGGUGGACUUCGCCGAUCUGAUAUGUUUGCCCGUACGACUUCUCCGCGUUGACCAGCAGUUACGAAACUCGUGGCGGGCGUCGUUUGACCACAUCAUCGUGGACGAGUUCCAGGAUGCGGACCCAGCACAAUAUCAGUUUGUACGACUGCUGUUAGCCAGGUCCUCGAGCCUCUUCGUCGUCGGAGAUCCCUCCCAGGCCAUUUACGGCUGGCGGGGUGCUGAGGUCAACAACAUGCGGAAGCAUCUCGUUCAGGAUUUUCCCCGCAUUGCGACCUUCCACUUACCCGUGAACUACAGGUCUGUGCCGGAAAUUAUCGAGCUCGCGGAUGCCAUAAGAAAUUGCGGCGGGGAUAAGGACGAGCUGUACAAGGCGCAGGUGGCGGCAAGGCGGCCGGUGGCGGCGGCGGCGGCGGCUGCUCAGCGACCCAAGUGGGCGCGCGGCGACUUCCCCGUCAAACUCUCAAUGUACAUGUCACCCGAGCUAGAGGCUGAGGAGAUCGCGAAACAAAUCUCCAAUUGUGUACGAGCAGGCCAGCGCAGCGGUGGCGACGGUAACGAGCUAGGCGACAUCGCGGUACUGUACCGCCGGCGGAGCCAGUCGAGGCCGUUCGAGGAAGAGUUGACAAGGCGGGGCGUAAAGUACACAGUGGUGGGCGGACAACCAUUUUGGGAGUACAAGGAGAUCGCAGACGCCGUGGCGUAUUUGCACCUCAUCCUGGCGCCCACGCAAAGUGACGUGUUUCUGGAGCGAGUCAUAAACACCCCCAAAAGAGGCCUGGGACCCCGUACCGUUAAACAGUUGCAACUUGCGGCACGGACCAGCGGGAUGACCCUGGGCGAGCUGCUGUUCGGCGGCAGCAGCAGCGGUAGCAGUGGCAACGGCGGCGGCAGCGGGAGCAGUGUUGAGGCGGACUUUGCUAAAGGUGUUGACCCAGCAGACGUUCCUUCUGGCAGCGCCGCCUUGCUGGCAACAGUCAAACUGACAAAAACGGCACGCAAGGGCAUUCAGGAUCUCCGCGAUCUAGUGUAUAAGCUUCGCGCCUUGGCGGCUGACGACGCUUCUGUGGACCGCUUGGUGGAUAAGGCCCUGGAGCUGUCCGGCUACCGCGCGAUGCUGCUGGCGAAGCAGCACUUGGUUGACGUGAGAGAGGUUGAUGGCAGCGACGAGGAAAAGACGACGAAGAAAAUGGAGGAGGACGCAGAGGAGGCGGAGGAUCGGUUGGAGCGGUUGCAGAUGCUUAUUGACUUGGCUGCUCGCCCAGAAGUCUGGCGGUAUACAGCCGUGGAUUACGAAGAUGAAGAUGAAGAUGAAGGGCGGGAGGGGGAAUUUCUGGGCGACAGGGAAGAGGGGCGCUUGCAGCAGGUGGUGGUGCAGACGGUGCAGGACAGCGAAGCGCGAGAGGGCAGCGGCGGCAGCAAUCCUCUCUCGGAACGGGGCUGA